UUUAUCGCUUCGAAUGGCAGUCAACGGAUCGCUCAACCGCUGCUUCUCUGAACGACUCUGAAGGUGUAUCUGAACUCGCCGGCGGUUUUCCGAUCGCGUUUUGGUGGUUUACGGCCGUGGUAUGGGCAGAAUGGCCCGGACGGGGACUUCUCACAAAACCUACAGUGCGAAUCCUAGCGAUUACAAGCUCCUCGAAGAGGUCGGUUACGGCGCGAGCGCGACGGUGUACAGAGCGAUCUAUCUUCCUUUCAAUGAAGUGGUGGCCGUUAAGUGUUUGGAUCUCGAUCGCUGCAAUAGCAAUCUGGAUGACAUACGUAGGGAGGCCCAAACAAUGAGUUUGAUUGACCAUCCAAAUGUAAUAAAGGCAUUCUGUUCAUUUGUUGUUGAAAGAAAUCUUUGGGUGGUCAUGCCAUUCAUGGCAGAAGGCUCUUGCUUACACCUCAUGAAGAUAGCAUAUACGGAUGGAUUUGAAGAGUCAGCCAUUGGUUCUAUCCUGAAAGAGACUCUUAAAGCCUUGGAGUACCUCCAUCGACAUGGACAUAUCCAUCGGGAUGUUAAGGCUGGAAAUAUACUACUUGACAGUAAUGGAGUGGUAAAACUUGCCGAUUUUGGUGUUUCAGCAUGCAUGUUUGACAAAGGUGAUAGACAACGUUCAAGAAAUACUUUUGUAGGAACUCCAUGCUGGAUGGCACCCGAGGUUUUGCAACCAGGAAGUGGAUAUGAUUUCAAGGCUGAUAUUUGGUCAUUUGGCAUAACAGCUCUGGAGCUGGCUCAUGGUCAUGCACCCUUUUCAAAAUAUCCCCCAAUGAAGGUCCUCCUGAUGACCAUACAGAAUGCUCCUCCUGGACUUGACUACGACCGUGAUAAGAAGUUCUCUAAGUCUUUUAAAGAAAUGGUUGCAAUGUGCUUGGUGAAAGAUCAAACAAAAAGGCCAACUGCUGAGAAGUUACUAAAACAUUCCUUUUUCAAGCAAGCUAAGCCUCCAGAACUUUCUGUAAAGAAAUUAUUUGCUGAGUUGCCACCACUUUGGCAGCGUGUGAAAGCCCUUCAGCUUAAAGAUGCUGCACAACUGGCUCUGAAAAAAAUGCCUUCAGCAGAACAAGAGGCCAUAUCACAGAGUGAGUACAAGAGAGGUGUCAGUGCCUGGAAUUUUGAUAUCGAGGAUUUAAAAGUACAAGCAUCAUUGGUACAAGAUGAUGAUGAAAUACAAGAAAUGAGGGAAGAAGAUGAAAGCAUGAAAUCAUUUGUUAUUGAUAAGGAUUCAUCUGAUUCCAGAUCUAGUUUGGGAAAAUCAAUCUCCACUAAUGACAAUUUUUUCAGAGGACGAAUAACUGGUGAUGAAUUAGCACAGGCAGAGUGCUUGAGCAAAAAGGGAAAGAGUUUGAGAAGUGAUUCACUCGAGUCUAGCAAUCAAGAGAAAAUUGGUCAGGAAAAAGAUAUAUCAAGUGCUGAGAUGAUGCCAUCAACCUCAGAGAAGGACAUGGUCAAUGCCAAGACUAAAACUCAGAUGGUGAAAGGUCGCCAGACACAGAGUGGACCACUGAUGCCUGGUGUUGUGCUUAGUCAUUCCUUGUCAGACAGGGGGCGCUCCUUUGAAAGGUCCGAGAAUGAAAUUCAACCAAUUACUGAGAAAGCUAACCGUGAAGUACGGCGAGCACCAAGCUUUAGUGGUCCAUUGAUGCUUCCGACUCGAGCUUCAGCAAACAGUUUAUCUGCUCCAAUAAAAUCUUCAGCGGGAUACAGAGAUUCUUUGGAGGAGAAGUCAAAGGCCAAUCUGGUGCAAAUAAAAGGACGGUUCUCAGUAACAUCUGAGAACGUAGAUCUUGUAAAGGAUAUUCCAUUAUGUGCAGUUGCACGCCGAUCCUCUCAGGGAUCACCACUCAGGAAGUCUGCUAGUGUUGGUGAUUGGAUGUUUGAUUCUAAACCAAUGCUCACUACACCAAAGGACUUUAGCAACAGUAAUGUACCUGCAUCACUUCUCAUGCCUCACCUUCAGAAUCUUUUUCAGCAGACCUCACUUCAACAGGAUCUCAUUACGAAUUUGUUGAAUAGCUUGCAAUCAUCUGAGAUGGUAGAUGCUUCUCAAAAUGGCAAAUUGCCCCCGUUACCUCGUGGUUCAGAAAACAAUGGAAAUGUAGAUCCAGGGGCUUCUGAAAGGGAGCGUUUGCUUCUCUUGAAAGUCUCUGAGCUUCAGGCUAGGAUGAUUAAUUUAAAUGACGAACUAACAGCAGAGAAGUUUAAAUACAUGCAACUGCAGCAGCAGCUAAAUGCUGUGUCAGGUCAGGAAGAUGGGGACAAACGAGAAGGAGAUGCCUGAAAACACUAAAUUCUCAGUAUCUGUAAAUUUCACCACCGUGUACAUUCAGUAGAAAAGAAGCCGAGGCUAGCAAUCCAUAAUCACGCAUGUCAACUGCUUGAAUAAGUCUUUUUAUGGAAGAUUCUAGCCCCCAGUUGCCAAAUUCGUAAAAUAAUCAGCUUGUUGGGAUGUCAUUCCUUAUCAUUUAUUCGCACAAAGAGAAAUGACAAGCUGACAACCUCCCUGUGCAGUGUCAAGUUAUACCCCAGUUUUAACAGUUGAAUUUCUUCAACCAGUGGCUCUUGAGUCUUGACGCAGAAGAAAGUCACAGGGGUAUUGGUUUGUAUCCUAUAAAUCGCAUAUUUGUAAUGUUAAACUUUGCACAUAACGUUAAAACAAUUAUUUUGUUAGCGUUGGGUUAGGACUUGGUAACUUAUCUCUCUAUUCAGAAACUCUCUACAACCCCAUCAUCUUCUUGGACCAAGAGUCACAGCAAUGAGAGAGAGCUCUAGGGGAUUUAAACCCAAAAUUCAAUAAGCCAAAUCCAAUAAAAUCCGAGGCCAGCCUCUUCUGUAGUGUGUUGAAAUUUAUUUGAUUACAAUAGGCUACUCGUUAUGAUGGCUGUUGGUGUAGUUGAUAAUUUGGUGAUGUUGCGUUUUGUCAUUGUAACCUUUUCUUCCACAUGUUUGACAUCAAACAAAAUUUGAGUUUGGAUCAACAAUGCAAUAUGAAAUUUGAUA